AUGCUGAACAAAAUUGUGUGUUCUCCACUCUCGUUGACGCGAUCAGCUCUUCGUGGUACCAUUUAUCGAGAGCGCAAACGACUUUUCAUCUUAAGCCGUGUACCUUUUUUCUCGUUGCAUGUGCGAUCGGCAGAUCAGCUGCCGCCGCAGCUACCGAGCGACAUCACCUUCGAAAUCUGUAGCUCGUCGUCGCCGUCGUCGCCCGCCGCGCCGGCCUCGUCGGCCUCGUCCUCGGCGACGCACGGCGGUGACGACGAGGGCACCGUCGGUGCGGGCGGCGUCUUCAUCAAGACCGAGAGAGUGGUCAGCGGUGUCCACUUCUUGACGGAUCGCACAGACGAGGACCGAACCGACCUUCUGCUACCCAAAUCCGAAGCGGGCGAGAACGAACCGGAGGUCAGGAAGCAGCUGCUGGAAUACCUCAUUCAAAACGACGGUUCCGUAGUCUGCAAGUGGUGCGGCGAGGUGCUUCCGUCGCGAACCCGUUGGUACAGGCACAAGUACAAGCUCCACGUGUCGACCCAGGUGGCCCAGCCGGCGCCGCUCUUCAAGUGCCACAGCUGCAACACGUACUUCAAGUCCCGCAAAGGCUACAUCGGACAUUUAAGUUCCCGUCAUUCGGACAACGAGAACGACGAGAACCGCGAGGAGCCCGGCAAUAAGAAGACACGGAAGACCUCGACCGACAUUGGCAAGGGUCCGGAUUGGGAGCAGCAGCGGGAGAAGGAGGAGAAGUUGGUGGCUGACAUAAUCGACCGGGUGAAGCGGGAGUGCGAGGCGCAGGGUGAAACGGUGACGAGACGCGGCUACUCCAGGAGGUCCACGAUCAUGAACAGCUAAGGCCGAGCCGGCCGCGUCGGCGAGGGGCAACCAUAUCAUCAUCGGGCGAGGCCCUCCUCGUGAUCUCGAAGAGAGAGGUCCGUUCAAUCCCUUCGGUCCUGUCGGCAUCCCUUUCUUUUCUUUCUACAUGCAUUAUAUAUAUAUAUAUAGAUAUCGAUCGUUAUUUUCGAGAAAAUGUAGAAAAACGGCAUAGUGGUUUCUUUAAGUACGAGGGAAAAUUAUAGGAAGGACCGAAAUGGGGAUUGAACGUCUUCGGGUUUCGCGAAGAAGAUACGUUCCUGAUAAUCGAACGAGCUAUCGUUCGGGUGAUGUAAAAAUAAGGGGCACGGCUGUAUAUUUUUUUCCCGACCAGCUGUGGGUGAUGAACGUCGACGACGACGUUUCCACGAUCGCUAUGAUCGUUGCGAAUCCUUGUAAAUAGAGAAGCACUUUCUUUCGUCGCGUAUCAGCGAGUCGCAAAGAACUCUCGAUUACCCAAGUCCCUUUACGUGCGAAGGCAAGGGACUGUAUCGCAAAAAUUUCUUUAAUCUUAUUGUUGAUUUUUUAAAACAAUUUAUGUUGUCAGUUACAGUUGCUUAUAAAAUUAAUUUUAACAAAAAAAGUGGGAUGAAACAGUAUCAAAGAAUGCAAUCAAAAUGGAAGGACGAGACAAAUCUUUGCGCGAUCAAAGUUAGUAGUAAUUAAAAUCCCACAAUUAAUUAUAAUCCAAAAGAGUUAAGUUCCGGCGAAUAAAUUUUAAUACAGAGUUAGAGCUAGAAUAAUAAACGAUAUCAAAGUAAAUUCUUAGGGAUGGCAAUACAUAUUCGAUUUUAUUUACAUUUAGCUUCUGGAGAUCUUUUAAAUUUGUGAUGAACUUUCUUCAUGUUUACAAUUUUCACCCUUUUACGGUCGAUCCAAUAUCGCGUAAUCGAGAGUUCCAUGCACGUCGCGUCAUUACGAGUAAAGGGGAGCUUUCCUCGAAGAAGUGUAAAAGAAGGAGAGAGAAAAUCCAGUGCCAAAUGUAUAUCUUCCCAGGCGCACGGCGAUCGUUUGCUCAACAAGUGCGACCGUACAGUAUACCGAUCUGUUGUUUUUGCUGAUUUUUGACGACGUGCUCAGUCCCGCCGAUGCUGCGUGUCCACGUGAUGCCAAAGGCGGCAACGCCACGCGACAUUUCUACCUAGAACGAAUUAUUAUUCGUUACUUUUAAUAUUGCACUAAUUAAACGGAUUAAUCUCCAAUUAGCAUAAAUGAAAAGGAUGUCGGCAGAAAUUCAUUUAAGAUUGAAAUCUAACAAAAAGAGAGAUUUGACUUUAAAAUGUUUUACAAUUUUUCCUUAUACUUUUUCAUUCGAGACGUAUUAGACACACAUACGUGUUGUUUCUUUUUUAUGAAACACAUCCGGUGUAUCUUGUGCGUGACAUAAUACGCAGCACGUAUUGUGGUACACAGAGCAAAUUGAAAGGAAUCUUAUUGACAUACGGGUACCAACGUUAAUUACAAUUCACUCAAUUACGCGCUCUCCCAGUUACGUCACAAAUAUACCGGGUGCACGAAAUAUACCUGGUGAAAACACGCAGAAGGUGCGGACACGCAUGCUAUUGCACUCGGAUAAUUAGAUCGACACGAUUAUUAGUGUCGCUAGCGGAACAAUAGAUAGAUAGAUAGAUAGAUAGACGAAUAUAUCUGUGCGUGCGUUUAAUCGCAAAAGCACACCCCCGAGGAAAAACCUUUUAAGAAACUGACUGAAAGGCGAAAAUUGAUUAUAAUUUUUGGCAGAUACUUUGACAAUCAAAACAUUCUUCAGCUUACAUCCUAAAAUUAAAAAUUCUUUAAAAAUUAAUUGUUUAGAUUUCUCCUUACUAAUACAAUUGUUAUUCAUUGAAAAUAAUUUUAGAGACUACUCUUUGUGAAUUAUUAUUUUAAUCGAUUCUUAGACACUCUCGUUUUUUUAGCACCUGGGUUUCCCUCGAACGUGGACUUUUAUGAUCGAGCGCACGUGACGUACGAAUAAGUAUGAUAUAAUGCGCACUGAUCGGCACCGGACGUGCGGCGGGCGCGUUAUAUACUCGUGUAUUAAUCUCGCUGAAAUAUUCCAAGAAAGUCUGUCCAUUUUUUCGAAUAUCUCGAAAGUACUUUAAUCCUCAUUAUUCUGUCUUGUGCGCGCCAAAGGAAUCGCGCAAUAUAUACAUAUAUAGGAGGUCCCUCGUAAAUAAAAAUUCAGGACAGCCUGUAAAAAUCACACACACACACACACUUACACGCGACUAGCUUAAGUUUGGUGCUAAUGGACGAGAUAAAGAAAAACACACAUAAUACACACAUACACACGAUCCGAGAUACUCACACAUUUUCCACGUAUAUACAGACGCGCGUUUCUUUGACGACGCGUGAAAACGCAUCGAUCAUUUUGGAAUUUGUAAUCGCGGCGACGAGGCUUCCUCUGACCUUGUCCGCCGGGCAUUACACGCAAUCAUGUACAGAUGGACGCAGGUAUAUAUGAGAGAGUGCGCGCGCUAGUGCACGCGCUGCAUACCGAUCCUGUGGCCCGUGUCCGUGCGGCCCGUGUUUUUUUUUUUAGCGUUACACGCGUCCGCGCGAUUCCCUUCCGUGCGAGAUCGCACGGUCGCGUUUGUACGCACGGCUAAGUAGCGACGCGACGACGUCAAAUCCGUGCGGGGCGUGCACCAGCGGAAGAUAUUAAUUCUGCGAGCUCUGGUUCGAAACGGGACCCCGCCUCGUGUUCAUCUCCCUCUUGAUUAAUCUGAAGGAUCGAUCUUGAAAUUUUAAGAAAUGUACGCGUAUAACGGAGAAUUUAAAUUGAGAACGAGUAUAAUUGAAAAGCAAAGAAACUUACUAAAAAGGAUUUUUGCGAGAAUCACAUCAUGAUCGCGCGUGUCUUCCCUCUGAAGGAUCUCUCUUUUUGUCCUUGCAUUUCUAUAAAUUAUCAUAUAUUAUAGAUUUGAAUUUAUAAGCGUCACUAAAUUUCUGCAAAUUAUUAGCGAGUAAAAGCACAAUUUCAGGAUGUAUUGUAAAAUACAUUCUUUUGAAGAAAGAACCCCCCAACAAUGAGUUACGUGAAAAGCCAUUCCUAAAAUCUUUCAAGGAAUUUUGGAAAGAGAUAUCGUUUAGCCAAAAAGAAAGGGAAUUUCUAGUCAUUAAUUCCACGCGUUCCAAUGACUCGUUAAGAAAUAUAUCAAAUCCAGUAUAUAUAGCCGUAAAUGAAAUAUUUUAUACUAUUUUAAGGUCAUAUACAUUUAUAUGCGAAAAACAUAUAGGAGAAUUGCGUUCAGUCUUUUCCGGAAUUCAACGUUGUGCCAAUGAUAAAGUUUUUGCGGUCGACUAAAGUUUACUAUCACGCAAUGUUAUUAAUAGCAAUUUUAAGAAGAAAAAAAAAAGAUUAGACGAACCUCGUAGCUUAAAAACAGCGCUUCCCCAUAAAUUGCGUAGCGACCCGCGCUCUUAUCGAUAUGACCCGCGGGCGUCGAUAACAUUUUGGACUCUCCAUAAGUGAUAUCAGUCGUCUUCCAGUGAUAUCGCGUCUGUAAAUAUAGCGAUCUCUAAUCCGUACCAAGGAA